GAUGUCAUAGUGAAAAAGUUUGAAGAACUUGAUGUACCUGGCAAAAUUUCACUUAAAGGUAAAUUACGAGAGAUCGCGUAUCCAUCGACUACGUCAAUGUUUCUACCGGUUGCCAAGGUUAAAACAAAAGGUGCACCAAAAAAAGGCAAAAGUAAGGUAUCAAAAAGAGAUAAAUCAACCAAGCAUGAUCCAUCUUGAUGGGAGUAUGUGGAUACAAGUGUUCGAUGUAGUGGUACAAACGCAUGUAGCACUAUAGAUACCAGUAAAGUAGAAAAACUAGCACCUCGACCAUCAGUCCAAAAGCUCACACCUCGACCAUCAAUUGGCAAAGUUCUCCUCUUCAAAGAUUGGUUGCUAGUUGAAAUUCAUAAAUUCAUAGAUGACAUUAUUGAUGUCGGUGAUGAUGGUAAUUGUGGAUAUCGUGCAGUUGCAGCUUUACGUGAUAGAGCUUCAAGAGUUCAUGUCUCAUUACGAGAUACUAUUUGGUGGAGAAAAUUAUGUUCGACAACUUAUACACAAUGUGUAUGUUGAGCAAGUUGCAUCGAAGGAUAAUUGGAUGACACUUCCAGAAAUGGGAUAUGUGAUUGCUUCGAAGUUUAACUUGGUUGUCGUCGCAUUAUCACUUAACCAAUCGCAAACAUAUUUUCCACUUCGAAGUCCACCACCAACAUCUAUGUCAGAUCAUCGUGUGAUUGUUAUUGCAUUUGUUAACAACUGUCAUUUCGUACAGGUUUACUUAAAGUCAUAUUCCCUAUGCCACCAACAAGUACUUUGUGGAAAAAUUAUUGCAAUGAAGAAGCACGACAAUGAGAAUUUAUUUACAUGGAUCGCAUGCAACAUUGGUUGCAGAUAUUUUCAGAAACUAUAAAUAAAGUUAUUGUAAUCUGAAUUGUUGAAUUCAAAUAUAAUGAAUAUCCAAAAUAUUGUAGGAAUUCAAAUAAUAUUGUAUGAAUUAUUGAAGUUGUAAACUGAAUUGUUUAAUUAAUAUGGUCGAAAUCCAAAAUAGAUAUCCAAUAUAUCCAAAAUAUCUGUAACCAAAAUAUCUGAAAUCCAGAAUAGAUAUCUAAAAUACAUAUCCAAAAUACAUAUCCAAAAUAAAUAUCCAAAGUAAAUAUCCUAAGUCU